UCUCUACAAAGCUGUCCACAUGACUGAGAACGUGGAUGUGCAGCUUAGACGUGGUUUAGUUUUAGUGUGUUGUGUUUGUCAUCAGUGAGUCUGAUUACUGAGUUAUAAAAGGAACGAAGGUGCAGAAGAAGAAGAAGACAGAACUGAAGGAGAAAUGUUUUUACUGCAAUAAACCAAGUAUGUCUCUUAGAGAUCCCCCGUAUGAACCUCCCUCCGUCUCUGAACUACAGGAGUUCUUACUGGCAGACAGACGCCCAACUGGCCAUGUCAAUCAAGUCUGGCCUAAUAUUUAUAUAGGCAAUGAGGUAGCAGCACGUGACAGAGGAGAUCUUCAUAGCCUGGGUAUUACGCACAUCGUCAAUGCUGCUCAUGGACCUCCAACCCAUGGCAAUGGUCCCUGCUUUUAUGUCAACACUGGCCCACGUUUCUACAGAGACAUGAAUGUGGAUUAUUAUGGGGUGGAGGCUGAUGACGCAACAAACUUCAUCCUCAGUCCUUAUUUCUAUCCAACAGCACGAUACAUCAGAGCUGCACGCGCAAUGGGAGGGAAAGUGUUUGUACACUGUCUGAUGGGAGUGAGCCGUUCUGCAACCCUAGUGUUGGCCUUCCUGAUGAUCACUGAGGGCCUGCGGCUGCAGGAGGCCGUGGCCGCUGUAAGGUCACACAGAGACAUCUGUCCCAACCCAGGCUUCCUGCUGCAGCUACGUUGCCUUGACAUGAGCCUAGAGAGGGAGAGGAGAAGAAAAAGACAGGCCCAGGCAUUAGGUCAUUUAGCCAAGCAGGGAGAAACAGCGUCCCUGACAGAGCUGAGGGAAAUUCUCUGGACCAAUAGGAAGCCUGUCGGUUCUGUCGAUGAAGUGUGGCCAAAACUCUACAUUGGAGAUGAGUCUGUUGCUCGAGAUAAAACCAGACUCUCAUCUCUGGGUGUUACUCAUGUGCUGAACGCUGCAGCAGGUCAACAUCGGAUCAACACCGGUCAGAAGUUUUACACUGAUAUUGAAGUCGUGUACCAUGGCGUUGAGGCUGCAGACCAUCCAGCGUUCAAUCUGCAGCCAUUUUUCAACUCUGCUGCACAGUUCAUAGACAGCGCCUUGAAGGAAAAUGGGAUGUGUAAGGAAAUGACCUCGUGUGCAGUGACCUCUAAGAGAAAUCCAUAUGCAGCAGUGCAGGUAGACCCCGACAGUGAUUACAUCACACCAGGUACAUUAGACCUGGAGCAGCUCUUCUGGACAGGCACCACAGCUCCAUACAUCCAUGUGAACCAGGUCUGGCCAAGAAUUUACAUCGGAGAUGAGAAAACAGCUCUCGAGCGUCCUGAGCUGAAGGACCUGGGUGUCACUCAUGUCCUGAAUGCAGCAGAAGGAAAGUGGAACAAUGUGCUGACUGGUGCGAAUUACUACAAAGACCUGAACAUCCAGUAUCUUGGUGUGGAAGCUGAUGACAAACCCACAUUCAACAUCUCCCAGUACUUCCUCCCUGCAGCAGAGUUUAUCCACGAGGCCCUCAGCCAACCACAGAACAAGGUGUUGGUUCACUGUGUGAUGGGCCGAAGCAGGUCAGCCACUUUGGUCUUGGCGUACUUGAUGAUGAAGCACAGCUUAACUGUAGUGGAAGCAAUUGAGCAUGUGCAGCAGAAACGCUGCAUUCUGCCUAAUCAUGGCUUCCUGAAACAGCUCAGAGCACUGGACAUCACGCUCCAAGAGGACAAGCUGAGACAGAAAAGACACAUGGAAAACCAAGAAGGCAAAAAAAUAAGAUAAUAUACCUCUGUACUUAAUUCUAUCUGUGAUGUGGCCUUAUUUGAACAUAAGUGUAUAUUUUUUAUUGUGGAUUCAGAGCCUCUGAAAAGGGCAUUUUGUGGCAUCUUGGAUCACCUUGGCUUCUUAUCGGACUAUAUUUCUUAUUAGGAUUAGUUUAGUUCAUAUACUUCUUGCACUCACCUGGUUUCCAUGCAUAAAUCAAAAGCCAUUUUUAUCCAAGUUGAGGUCAAACCAUCAGUGAAUCAUUCCAAAAGCUUAACAUUACCUAAUCUUUUAUGGUUUUGAGUUUGGUGUCGGGUGGGUCGGUUUAUAGGUUUUCUUGUUUUAAGAUAUCCCUGUAUUUUGUAUAUACCUGUCUGCUUCUUUAUCAUUUCAUGGGUUUCUGGGAUUUUUUUCAUUCUUUUUAAUGAGUCAUUUUUCCUCUGUUUCUCCCUUUGAUUAGCAUUCAUCUUCUGCGUCUAAGCUUUCUGCUUCUCCUCAAAAUAGCUGAGUUGGUAACCACUUACUUGUUUUCACACCAGGAAAACAGGUUUUCACACCAGCAAACACUUAACCAGUGUCCCCAUCUUUGUUCGAUCUACUUUUUUUCCCCUCCCCUUGUCUUGCCAGUUACCUCUUUGGGGGUUUAUGUCUUUGUGUAUCCAGUUACUUAUGCUAGUUUGCUCCUCAGGUUUUCAUUAAAAUUCACCUCAUCGUAA